AUGGCGUCAACUAUUGUAAAAAAGCCUUGCGUUCAAUGCCUCAAAGGUGGAGGCGUUACUACGUGCGAUGGAUGUCAACAAACAUUUUGUAUUAAACAUAUUAUUGAACAUCGAAAAGAACUAGCUGUGCAAUUGGAUAAUGUUGGACAAGAACAUGAUCUUUUUCGACGUGAUAUAAUACACGAGAAUUUAGCUCAUUCUCUAUUAAUGCGUAUCGAUGAAUGGGAACAAAAAUCAAUAACUAAGAUCCAAGUAGCAGCAGCAGCAGCUCGAGUUGAUCUUCAACAUUUCAUUGAUCAAACUACUAAUGAAUUGAAAGUAUCACUAGAUAAGAUCACUAAUGAAAUACAAUCAUGUCGAGAAUUGGAUGAUUUUACUGAAAAUGAUUUGUUUAAAUGGACACAAGAGUUAAAAGAACUUCGCAAAUUACUGGAAACAAAAAUGGGUAUGCAAAUCGUCGAGAAUGAGAACGCAUCUAAUUCUAUACAUAUGAUCAAAGUACAUGAAAAACAGUCGUCAUGUGCAUCUUCUAUUUCCAAUGAAAAAUCUGCUGAAAAUAAUAUUGCUUGUCAAGAUAUAGUUACAUUUACUCAUGAACAAUUUUCUACUUUUCUUGGAAAAAUAGUUCUAACCAAAGAUGGUCUUUUAGCAACAUGUUCAGGUACUUAUUGGGAUGGUUCAAGUGUCUAUGGCACUCGUCUUUAUACUUCUGGAACACAUGCAAUUCAUUUUCGCAUCGAAAGUAAAGGAGCUAACAAUCUUUUUUUCGGUAUCAAGUCAGAAACGUAUGCUAUACCUGUACAAACUUUAACUGCAUCAAAUGCUUAUGGUUGGUGGGAACUUGAUCAAGCUAUUGAAAGUGUUAGUGGAUAUCGAAUUCAUAAUGAUAGAAUUAUUCGAACAGGUGAUGAAGUAACUAUGAUAGUAGACUGCGACAAUAGACAAAUUCGAUUUGAACAUCAUAGAGUGAAUAUGAUGGUUCAAUUACUUAUUGAACUUGAAAAAUGUCCGUUUCCAUGGAAAAUACUUGUCACAUUACGAUCAAUUGGUGAUAGUAUUCGAAUUCUUUUAUAA